GAUGUUCAUUGAGUGGUCUUUGCUUUCACAGUUCUCUGGUUUGAUGUGCCAAUGGAUGAUCAUCAUUUGAAGCAGGAAUGCUACCCUAUGCUACUGAGGAUACAAAAUGAUUGACUGUUGAAUGCACUUUUGACCACUUUUUUUCGAAUUUUGAACAUUUUUCUUUUCCACUUCAUUUAAAUUUAAAAACAGUGAAUUUAAUCAAUCAAAAUUGUUGAUGAGUAAACAUAUUGGUUUUGGAGACAUUUUCUCUAUCAAUUGACAUAGCAGUGGGAAAAAAAUCCGACACAAACUCAUUACACAUAUUGUGCGUGUUUUUUAUUUCAUUUUAUUCAUUAAAUAAUUGUUAUCUUCGUAUUUUGCUUCUACAUUUAAAAUAAUUCCAUUUACAACAAUAAAGUUGUUCCUAUUUGAAUACAUUGAUUCAAGCAGUGUCAUUGAACGCACUCUCCGCUCGGCUCCGGUUUCAUACGAAUGUCAAAUGUUGCUUAUACGAUGACAAAUCAGUUCUGUGUUGUAAGCGGAGAGUGAAUAAACUUACAGUCGACUUAUCAAAGCAAAUAAAAAAUUGAUUGAAAAAUUUAAGAAAGUUUGUCUGAAAAAAUUAGUUUAUCAAAUUGAGAGUUGGUAAAAAAAUCGAGAAAAAUGGUGAAAAUGAACAUUACUUCAGCAGCCGGCGUUAUUGCCCUUUUGGACGAGCCGAUGCCGGAAUUGAAGAUUUUUGCCUUGCGCAAACUGGACAACAUCGUCAAUGAAUUCUGGCCGGAAAUUUCCGAAUCCAUUGAAAAAAUCGAAAUGUUGCAUGAGGACAAGGGAUUUGCCCAUAGCAAUUUGGCCGGUUUGGUUGCAUCGAAGGUAUUCUAUCAUCUGGGUUCAUUCGAAGAUGCAUUGACCUAUGCUCUGGGUGCUGGUGAUUUGUUCGAUGUCAACGCUCGCAGCGAGUACGUUGAGACCAUCAUUGCCAAGUGCAUUGAUUUCUAUAUCCAGCAACGUGUUGCUCUCAUUGAUUCACCAAAUGAGGCCAAGCCAAUCGAUGCUCGUCUCGAAGCUAUUGUAAACCGUAUGAUUCAGCGUUGUUUGGACGACGGACAAUAUCGUCAAGCUUUGGGUAUUGCAUUGGAAACUCGUCGCAUGGAUAUUUUCGAGUCCGCCAUCUCACGAUCCGAUGACAUCAACGCAAUGUUGGCUUAUGCAUUCCAAGUUACAAUGAGCCUCAUUCAAAAUCGUUCAUUCCGUAACACCGUUUUGCGAUGCUUAGUGAAAUUGUACCGUAGUUUGGCCGUACCCGAUUACGUCAACAUGGUGCAAUGCUUGAUUUUCUUGGAAGAUCCAUUGGCCGUAGCCGAAAUCUUGGAUAAACUCACCACCAGCAACGACUUGGACGUGCUCAUGGGCUAUCAAAUCGCAUUUGAUUUGUAUGAAUCGGCCACACAGCAGUUUUUGGGCCAAGUUUUGCAAGCAUUGCGCUCAACGGCACCCAUCCCAUCGAAGCUAGCUUCAACCUACAAACCACAAGGUACGGAACAAAGAGAAGACAAGAAAGAAUCGGAUGAAGAGCGAAAAGAAGCCGAUGAGAGUGAGACAAAGUCAGAAGACGAUGUUCCAGAGCGUGAUAUUGAGAGUUUGUCCGCAUCCGAGAAAACGCAUCAAGAGAACAUUGAGAAACUCAUUCAAAUUUUAUCGGGUGAGAUUUCGAUCGAUUUGCAACUGCAAUUCUUGAUUCGCAGCAAUCAUGCCGAUUUGCAAAUUCUGCGUUCGACAAAAGAGGCCGUUCGUGUGUCAAUCUGUCAUACAGCAACGGUGAUUGCUAAUGCAUUCAUGCACAGUGGAACAACAAGUGAUCAGUUCCUUCGUGACAAUUUGGAGUGGUUGGCUCGCGCAACAAACUGGGCCAAAUUAACGGCAACCGCAUCGUUAGGUGUCAUCCAUCGUGGACACGAGAAUGAAUCGUUGGCACUUAUGCAAAGCUACUUGCCCAAGGAGAGCGGACCAAGCAGCGGAUACUCCGAAGGUGGCGGUUUGUAUGCUCUUGGAUUAAUUCACGCCAAUCAUGGUGCAAACAUCAUCGAAUACUUGAUGGCUCAGUUGAAAGAAGCCCAAAAUGAGAAUGUUCGUCAUGGUGGCUGUCUUGGAUUGGGUCUCGCCGCCAUGGGCACUCAUCGCUCGGACAUUUACGAACAAUUGAAAUUCAAUUUGUACCAAGAUGAUGCUGUAACUGGUGAAGCGGCCGGUAUUGCCAUGGGCUCCGUCAUGUUGGGAUCCAAAGCUGAAACUGCUAUCAGCGACAUGGUUGCGUAUGCACAAGAGACGCAGCAUGAGAAGAUUUUGCGCGGUUUGGCCGUUGGAAUUGCGUUCACUAUGUACGCUCGUUUGGAAGAAGCCGAUCCAUUGGUAACCAGUUUGACAACGGAUAAAGAUCCAGUAUUGCGCAGAUCGGGAUGUUACACGCUGGCCAUGGCAUACUGCGGUACUGGCAGCAACAAAGCCAUCCGAAAACUUUUGCAUAUUGCCGUUUCGGAUGUAAAUGAUGACGUGCGACGAGCUGCUGUGACAUCGAUUGGUUUCAUCUUAUUUAGAACACCGGAACAAUGUCCAUCUGUGGUAUCGUUGCUUGCUGAAUCGUACAACCCACACGUUCGUUAUGGUGCGGCCAUGGCUUUGGGUAUUGCCUGUGCUGGUACUGGAUUACGUGAGGCAAUCGCAUUGCUUGAACCAAUGGUUAAAUUUGAUCCAGUCAACUUUGUUCGCCAAGGAGCAUUGAUCGCAUCAGCUAUGAUUUUGAUCCAACACACCGAUCAAACCAGCCCAAAAACGUCAUUCUUCCGGUCACUUUAUCACGAAGUAAUCACCAACAAGCACGAAGAUGUUAUGGCUAAAUUCGGUGCCAUUUUGGCUCAAGGUAUCAUCGAUGGUGGCGGUCGUAAUGUUACCGUCAGUCUUCAAUCGCGUACUGGACACACGAAUUUGCAAGCCGUCGUUGGAAUGUUGAUUUUCACACAAUACUGGUAUUGGUUCCCAUUGGCUCAUUGCCUUUCACUUGCAUUCACACCAACAUGUGUGAUUGCAUUGAAUUCGGAUUUAAAAAUGCCGAAGGUUGAAUUUAAAUCGGCUGCCAAACCAUCGUUGUACGCAUACCCAGCGCCAAUGGAAGAGAAAAAGGCCGAAGAACGUGAAAAAGUUGCUACCGCCGUUUUGUCGAUUGCCGCACGUCAGAAGCGCCGUGAAACAAUCGAUAAACGUGACGAAGAGAAAAUGGAUAUCGAUGAAGACGUGAAGGAGGUGAUCAAGGAGUCGAAAGCUGGUGAGGGUACCUCAAAGAAAGAUGAUGCCGAGAAAUCGGACAAAACUGAAAAGGCCGGUACAAGUGAAAAAGACGAAAAGAAGAAGAGUGUCAAAGUUAAAGAGGAACCGGUUGCAUCGCCAGCCAGCACUUCAACUGCUGAUGAAACCAAAGACAAGGAACCAUCAGCUCCAAAAGAGCGCAAAGAACCGGAACCAAACUUUGAGAUUUUACAAAACCCAGCCCGUGUUAUGCGUCAACAAUUGAAAGUAAUCAGUAUUGUUGACGGUCAAUCGUAUGUUCCGUUGAAAGAGGUUACGAUCGGUGGCAUCAUUGUUACUCAACGCACCGCCAAAUCGGGUGAUACUGAAGAGCUCGUUGAACCGAUUGCCGCCUGUGGCCCAAAGGGUGACGACGCAAAAGAGCCAGAGGCUCCCGAGCCAUUCGAAUAUAUUGAAGAUUAAAAAUGGAUAAUCGAUAUGACCACUCGAUAUUCACGACUAAAACAUAUUUAAACUACUUUCAAGCACCGCAUAAUCUAAUCAAUUUUCAAAUUAUUAUCAUAUUCACAACUUGAUGCAUUGUUCUUUACCUUAACCAAUAAAUAAUCCGAAUAAAUUGAUGUUUGCAAUUAAAAAAA